AUGUCUGGAAGAACAGGAGGAAACGUGGGCAGUUCUGUCUCGGAAAAGGCUGCCGAGCUUCACCAUGCCAUGAUUACGACUCAAUCAUCGGGCCACUUGUUUAAACAGCUCGAGAUGCAAGAUCUGAUUCGAAUUAAAAGUCAGGCAGAGCUCAUGAAGUAUGUCCAGGAGCUGUUAAACAAUCAAAUGAUAAAAGUGUCCCAGGAGGGCGCCACAAUUCUGUUUUCGGCAGUGUCCCUGGAAGAAGCCAACAAGAUCCGGAGCAUGUCUGCAGAUGAGGCCAUGAUCUACUCGCACAUUGAGGAGGCUGGCCGUGACGGUAUUUGGACCAAGACUCUGAAUGCACGCACAAAUCUUCACAUCAAUGUCAUCACACGUUGCAUCAAGUCGCUUGAGUCACAGCGCUACAUUAAACAAGUCAAGUCGGUCAAGCAUCCAACCCGCAAAAUCUACAUUCUUUCCAGUAUGGAACCGUCGCAGGAAAUGAGUGGUGGUCCAUGGUUCACAGACGCUGAGAUCGAUACAGAGUUUAUUGAUAGUUUGCUGAACGUUAUUUGGCGCUACGUAGUAUCCAUAUCUUUCCCCAACGCUUUUGGCCAAGGCCGCAAUGUAACACGUGCAAUCCAGCAGUCUUAUCCAGCAACUUACAAGGGAUACCCACCUGUCGGCAAGAUCCAUGACUUUAUUGUUAAAAGCGGCAUUACCAAUGUUGAUCUGAGCUUGGUCGAUGUUCGCACCCUCUGCGAAGUGCUCGUGUACGAUGAUCGUCUGGAACGUAUCGAUGGCGGAUACAGCUAUAAGGCCACUUGGUCCAGCGUUGUUGCAGCGGGUGGUGGGCCCGAAACCGAAGACGAUGAAGAAGAAAAUGCAGAAGGUUUUGAUGAGCUUGCAGAACUUGAUCCUUUCACGGAAACGCCAUGCGGUCAGUGCCCCGUUCUAGAGUACUGUUCACCCAAGGGUCUAGUCAAUGCAAGCGACUGCUUGUACUUUGACGAAUAUCUGAACCCAGGUGCACGACAGUCUGAAGCUUCCGAAGGUGUUCUGUAA